ACAACAGGAGAUUCUAUUUUGUGUUCGACUCGUUCUCCAGGGUGAAUCUGUCCAUCUUUGAUUCAGCAAAUGCUUGGGUCCGCUUAAGUAUUACCUCAAAUUAGUAAUUUCCUUACAUUGUCUCUGUCACUAGGAAGAAUGGCAGGGAGAGGAAAGAAGAAGAGGACUGGUGCCGAUGAAGCAGAAAACAGACUAGGAUCAGGACUGGAAUUUGGGGCUUCGAAUUCUCUCUCUCAACCCAGAAAUUCCAAAUCUGUUCUGCUCUUUCUCCCUCUGUCCGCUGGCCUCUGCUGUGUGAGGUUGAGUUCGGUUUUUGCUCGUGAGUCCCCUGCAGAAUUGCCGCCGACUUCUUCCCUUCGCUAGGUCCGGUUUUGCAGCUGGCUGGAAAUUCUGGGUGGCGCAGCGGAAGCGUAGUUAGGCCAUGUUCUGUUCAUGGAUGGUUGGUAGAAUCUUUGUUUUGUCUUGGAUUGUGUGAAGCUAUUCACCAAUCGAAAUGAUCCUCAAUUUGAGUUUUGGAGACAAAACUCCUUUUUAGGAUGGGUGAAUGUAAUAUCCUAAAUUUUUGGGAAUUUUAUAAAUUAAGUUAGGGGAC